CUCUUUUCAAUCCAACAAAUUAUCGAAAAACUGUUCAACUAUAAUUUUAUAGUAAGAGUUCCAUGCGUAUCAGUGCGUAUCUUGAUUAAUUCAUAAGAAAAUAUCGUUAUCAAGAUGGAAGCGUUAGGCAGCAUUUUUUCAUGGAAACACACCAGUGGAAGCUUUCCUUGUCCUCGGAGAUUCACGUUCAUUUCAUUCAAUUAUCAUUCUACACUUAAUAAGGCAGAAUGAAGAUUCAUUGCAAGUGGUUGAUAUUUUACGCAAAUAUCUUUACUAUUUCAACUAUAUGCAGUGCAGAAUUGAAAUUAAUUCAAGUAGUGCUUCGUCAUGCAGAUCGAAACCCUCACAGUGGAACAUUUCUGAAUAAGUAUUAUCCUUCUGAUCCUGAUAAAUAUGAGAACUGGGAGCCGGAUGGACCAAUGGCACUGAAUAAUAAAGGAAAACUGACAGCUUACAAACUAGGACAAUUCUUCAGGAAGAACUACAAUGAUUUCUUUGGUCCAAAGUAUAGGAGUGACAUUGUUUACUUCCAGUCAGUGGACCUGCCGAGAUCAAUUAAUACAGCGCAAUUAUUAGCGGCAGGAUUAUUCCCACCCGAGUCCUCACAAAUAUGGCAUCCUGAUUUACUCUGGAUCCCAGUGCCAAUUCACGUGACUGAUCUCCUCGAGGAUACUCUGUUCUACUCAUUCGUAAUGUGUGAGAAUUACGCAAUCGAUAGAUUAAGAUCGCAGGCUGAGGUAGAGAGACUGCUGUCGGCCUUAUCAGAUAUCCGGACUCUGCGAAAUCAUCUGAGUUUUCAUACCGGUAUUAAUCACACGAGUAGCACUCAAGGCUGGUUGCUAUACAUUCAACUAGCAGCCAAGAUGGGUGUUGGACGUGAAUUGGAGCCAUGGACCAGAGAGAUAUUUCCGGAUGGAAAAUUAAAAGAUAUCGCUGCUGUGGAGUACAUUCUGCAGACUUACACAAGUAGAAUGAAGAGACUUGGGGGGGGAGUAUGGCUCAAAAAAUUUUUUAAUGCAUCAAAAAAAUUAAUCGAUAAUGAAAAAACACCAAAAGCAUUUUUUUACACCGGAAACGAAAUGCAAGUGGCGGCAGUAUUGAAUACUCUCGGUGUGUACGACUCUCACGUUCCUGGUUACGCCAGUAGUGUGAUUUUUGAAUUGCAUGAACUGGAGAGGAAAUUUUAUGUGAAGGUCAUCUACAAGGACGGGGACACUCCGGUCGAUCUGCACAUCCCGGGGUGUGGGGUCUUAUGCCCACUGUCAAUAUUCAAAUCUCUCCUGCGGAAUGUCACUCCGGAGAAUUUUCAAGAGGACUGCGGGAAAUUGACGAACUUUUUUUCCCUGUCAUCCUCUUUGACGAAAACUCAAAAAUUGUUGUUUCUUUUGUCUAAAUGGAUGGAAUAGGGUGCCACGAGGGGGUAUAAUGAGAACAACAUUUCAUAUGAGGAUAAAAUUGAGUAGAAAAUAGGAGGGACUCGAAAGUAUCAUUUGUUUCAGUUUCGUUUAUUUGUCUUGAUCGAAGGAAAAAAAUGAUCGCUCAUUGUCGACUGCAAAUCCAUGUGACCCAGUUUAGUUUUAUCAUUGGCGAAAUGAAGGCUUCGAUUGCUCUCCAAGAUCGCAGCCUCAAUAAUUAUACUGUGAGGUUUGAUUUCCGGAGUUAAUAAAAUUCAGUGACUGGACGGAGAGAGAAGGUUCCAGAAAAAUCACGUGGAAGUUCUGUCAUUCACAAGCAAGAAUAAAAGCCCGACAGAAAUUUGGAGGCACAAUAAAUCGAGAACUUUCCAAUAAAUAUUUCUUCUGCAGAAUAAAUAACGUGACAAUUUCGUACAUUUUUCGACGAUGAACCUCACAAUUUAUUUAAUAUUUCAGAUUUCCUUCCUUGCAUUCUCAUAAAAAUCCCCAGAAAAUGAUUUCUUAUUAUCGAUUACCUGAAGGAUCCAUAAUUUUUACUGAAUAUUUCUCUCUGUGUCGCCUUUAUAAUUUUUUAUUCUCUAAAAAAAUGCCUUAAUUCCUCAAGAAUGCAGUCUAUCGCUGAAAAUCCCUGUUGUGGUGAUCCCUAAAUUAUUAAAAACAUUAAAAUUCAUUCGCUAUUUUUAUAUUGCAAUAAAAUUCAAUUUUAAAUAGCACUUGUAAUUAAAGUAUUAUAACUAUAAUAAACAAUGGUUAUGACUGCGAAUAGGAAAAUUGAAAAAAAAACAGAAAA